UCCAGCUUUCAUAGACUUGCAUUAUUACUGAUGAAUAUCUUUGGUAUGGAAAUCGCACUCGUAACUAUUGUACUACUUGUAUCUGCUGCUUAUUUCAUCUUUGUUAUCCUAAUUUUCUGCAUUUGUAUUCGAUUCCAACCACACCGAUUUAUUCAGUCUCGUAAGGCACGGAGGUUCGAAGAGGAAACAUCGCGGGUAUUGGCGUCUUCCUAUUUGGAUUGCUCCGGCAUCGCGAAGUGUUGUCCAUGUCCAGUUUUCAGUUUCCGACAGUUUUUGAAAUCCUGUUGCUGCGACUCGGAGAAAUUGCGACGUAGUGUGAACUGCGAAUGCAUACGACCAGCCAUACAUGGUUCACAAGGUUCCGAAGGUUUAAACUUCGUCUGCUGUCAAGUUGUUGGUAACAGUUAGGGCAUAAACAUCAAUUUCCCGGUCUUGUCAAUCUUUC